AUGACUGUACUUGGAUAUUUCGACAAGCAAUUCUCAGAGAGAAUUGAAAUCAUCGACGGUGAGGUGAACAUCUAUCAUGAUCGUGUGGUUCAAUAUCAGUUAAAAAGCAUGCAGUACCUGGGACCAAUACUGAUGGGUAUCGGCUCGUUCAUUUUAAUCAUCGCAUGCGUAGUGACUCUGGAGAGCAGAGACAAGCAUGCCCAGGUUAUCACCGAAGAAUCAAUGUCGUUUAAAAAGCGACGAAUGAUUUCGAUUGAAGAGCGAGCAGAGUUGUCUGUGAACGAAAUUAGUCCUGCUGAUGAGAGUUUGAUGACGCUCAUGGUCGAAAACCAGGCAACCGUUGAUCAACACAGUAUAAGCACUUUGGCCGAAGUUCAUCGUCCUCGACCGGCUUCAUCGCGGACAGCUCCACUGGCAGAGAUUGAUUCGUUGGAUUUGCACUCCUGUUCAAGUCAAGUAACAACUGAUCGAGAGCUUCCAGCCGGGAACUCUGAAUCGAGAGAAACCUAG